GCAGCAUCAUGAUACAUAUCAAAAUAAUUGCAACAGAUGCGAAUUUAAAGUUCCGACUUUAUCUGAUCAAAAACUAUGCUACUGGAAUGUUCAAACAUGUUCUGAUGUUGAUUUAAGUAAACUUUCGGAAAGGUCAUGUAUAUUUGUUGUGUUUGCUUUAAAAUUUAUUUCAUUCAACAUUAAGUGAACCAACGUGUGUUCGAAAUCGAGAGAGUGAGAGAGCCAAGGAGAAAAAUGAGAGAAAAUGCUAAAAGUUUUCGAACAUUAUCCAAGAAGCUAAGAAGAUAUUUUAAGAAACUCAGUUGCGAAGAAACUUUUAUGAGGUGAAGUACGACUUGCUUUAAAGAAAAAUAUAAUUAACAAUAAAAGUUGAAAAUAAUUAGAAAAAAUAACUUGAGAGUAUAAAAAUUAUUAAAAAUCGCAAAAGAUUAUAAGGAAAAUUAAGAAAGUGUUGCAAAUAUAAAACUUCUGAAAGUUUUAAAUCUGAAAUAAUCCGAAAAAGUGUGCUUAAGUGCUUACCAAUGUGAAAGAAGUUAACUUCAACAGAAAGAAAGCGAGAAAUAAAAGAAGUUAGGUAAUCGUUUGACUGUGUCGUGCGAAGAAACAAAAUAAUUCCGAAGCUUCCAUUCAUUUUAUUGGAUUAAUUUAUUCAGAAAAGUUUAUUGGAUUAACUUUUGAGAUUUAAUCGCCAAAUGAAUUAUGUUCGUGAAUCAACAUGAAUCAACAGUUUGAGAGAGAAUCAAAGUUGGAAGAGAGCGAAUGCUAAAGCUUUCGAACAUCUCGUCAUGCUCUCUUGAUUCACUCACAUCUCUCAUCAUUCGCGGAGUGACUACCAAGAUGUAAAGAACGUUUUCUGGUGUGUUGAAAUAAUUUUUUAAUAAAACAGAACAAAAGUGUUUAAAUUUGAAUUAAAGUUAGUAAAAAAAUAAAUUCAAUAAAUUAGAAUAAUUUAAAUAUAAAUAAUUGAUGAAAUUGAAGUGAAAUAUUAAGUGAGAAAGUCAAAAUUUAGAUUAUAACUUCUGCAUUUGAUACAUAAAAGGUAAAAAGCCAACAGCAAGGUGUUUCAUUGUGUUGAGAAAAUUAUAGAUCCAAGAGAUAUCGCAGAAGAAAGAAAGAAAAAAAAGUUGUAUAAAAAUUAAAAGAAUGAAAUAAGAUCAAGGAAAGGUAGAAAAAUAUCUCUUGAGUGUGUUAGUGUUGAAAUAUAAAUUCUUUACUUGUUCACAUAACCAGCGACAUUGUAUAACAUUUUUGGAUUACAUUAUUCCGAGGAAUUCAUUGGAUUAACACUUGCAAUUAACUAGAGAACUGAAAUUAUUAAAUCGAAUUACGGCAUCAUGGCUGGUUAUAAAUAAGUUUAGUAAGUGAUGAGCGAAGAAAGUCUGCAGAGUCAUUCAACAGACAUUAAAUUAAAUUGAAAGUUGAUAAGGCCACGGAUGCAUCACCGUCAAGCAUCAGACACAGCAACAUAUUCAAAAUGCCGGACAAGAAGUUUCGUUCUGGCAACGGGCCAAUAAAGUUGUCCAAUUUAUUUUCAAUGAUAAUUUUAUUAUCAUUCUUCAUUCAUUUUACCUCCAGCUAUUUGGUUGUUGUCGAUGAGAAAACGCCUGCCAACACAAUCAUUUUCAAUGCGUCGGUAAAUAAAUUGGGAUCUGAACGACACUACAAAAUAAAUGUUCAUAAAACAGCUGAAUUUGUGCACAAGCUGCUGCACAUCGAUCCAAAAGAUGGACAAAUUAAAUUACGAAAACAACUUCAUUGUGAUGGAAUUUUCUAUCCAAAUUUAUUUACGCUCUACAUCGAUAGCAUUUCGAAUCAUUUACGAAGCGUGAAUUAUUACAGUCCGCCAUUGAGAGUUUUCAUAAAUGGUGAACAUUGCAAUGACGAGUACAAUCAUGAAAUUUUUGAUCGUCACUUUGAGGACGAAGAGUCCAAUUUAUUACUUCGAAGAAGAAGAAGCUCAGAUGAUGAUGAUAUUGCGAGAAUAUACGGAGAAUAUCGAGGGAACAAUUUAAACGAUUACAUUCGAGAGUUUCCAUUUAUUUUUCCACGCAAUGAAAGCCAUACCGACUACAAUAAUUUUCAAGAAGGCGACAUUUUGUUCGACUCAAUGGAACAUAAUUUACGUCGGCACGAAAUUCUUAACAGGAAAAAGCGUCACACUUUAAGGUCAUUACAUGGAGAUAAAUUUCAUCGAAAGAUUGCCGACGCUAAGCAGUGGAUUUCUGAAACUCACGCCUCCUACGCCAUUCAUUCGUCUGACCAGUGGGACAAGAUUUGUCUUAAGAAAUCUCAACUUGUUAACAACAUAAAUGCUUUUCUCCCGAGAUCCAUUCAACAAUUUUGUAAAGUCACUUAUCUUGAUGUGAGUGACGAAAGAUUUAAGAUUGAAAGGAAGCAAGGUGACUUGGUAGUUAGUCGCGAUGUUUGUAUUUAUGAACCAUCGUGGACAGUUACAAUAACAUUUUCAACAAAAUGCAAUCGUGCUGAGUUUAUUGAUGCUGAACAUCGUCUUAAGAUCAUGUAUCAUCAUCAAGAGUUGAACGAUACUGACAUAGCAAAAAGAGUUAAACGGCAGCUUAAAAAUCAAAGCCCACAUUUUGAGCUUUCACUUUAUGUCGCUUCAGUUCUUGAAGAACAACCGCCAGGUCUGAAAGUGACAACAGUUCAAGCACGAGAUCCUGAAGAUUCACCAGUUGUCUAUUCAAUGAUUUCACCAUCAGAUGCACGUUCACAAAAUAUGUUUAAGAUUGAUUCACGUUCUGGUGUCAUCACAACUUCGGCUUCAUUAGAUCGUGAACAAAUCAACAUGCACUACUUUCGUGUGAUUGCAACCGACGACAGUUUUCCACCACGUUCAGGUACAACAAUUCUUCAAAUCAAUGUGUUAGAUUGCAAUGAUCAUGCACCAAAAUUUGAAACGGAACAAUUUGACACGACAGUCAGUGAAGGAGUUGGAGUUGGAAGUCAAGUGUUGACACUUCGUGCAACUGAUCUUGAUAGUGGUAAAAAUGCUGAAAUUGAAUAUCACAUUGAACAAAUCACGAGUGAAGGGAACUUGUCAACCCCUGAAAAAGAUUCACAGACAUUUAAGAUUGAUGGACGAACUGGUGUUAUCACCACAAGAAGUCAACUUGAUAGAGAAACUUCAGAAGGUUACACAAUCAUCAUAACAGCAAAUGACUUGUCGGCACCUAUAACAGAACGUAAAACUGCAACUGCUACUGUUGUUGUUAAGAUAUCUGAUGAGAACGAUCAUUACCCUCAAUUCAGUGAACGAUAUUAUUCAGUUGAUGUAGCUGAAGAUGAAUGGGGUGGCAGCAAUACAAUUGCACAUAUCAAAGCAAGUGAUGCUGAUAAAGGGAAUAACGCGGCAAUUCGUUUCUCAAUUGUUGGUGGAAAUCCAAAGUCUGAGUUUGCAAUUGAUUCGAUGAGUGGUGAAGUGUCACUGACAAAGCCACUCGACUAUGAAGCAAUGAAAGCUUAUCGACUUGUGAUAAGAGCACAAGAUGGUGGAACACCACCAAAGACGAACACAACAACACUCUCGGUUAAUGUCAUCGAUGCUAAUGACAAUGCACCGCGAUUUUACUCAACACAAAUACAAGAAACUGUGCUUGAGAGUGUCUCAGUUGGUCACAACAUUGUAAGAGUUCAAGCUUAUGAUGGCGAUGAAGGUGCAAAUGCUGAAAUCACUUACAGUAUUACUGACCGUGAUCUUAACUUUCCCUUUGCUGUCGAUUCAAGAACUGGACAAAUUCAUACAACAAAGCCAUUGGAUCGUGAAGAGAAACAUCGAUAUUCGUUCCAGGUUGUUGCUGUUGAUGGCGGAAUUCCACCAAAGUCUGGCAGCACAACAAUUCAAAUCACUGUUCAAGAUGUGAAUGAUAAUAAUCCAAUGUUUAAUCCAAAAUAUUAUGAAGCAAUAAUUGGUGAAGAUCAAAAGCCUGGAACACCAGUUGUUACUGUCACAGCAUCAGAUCCUGAUGAAGAUUCUCGUCUACAUUACGAUAUAAAAUCGGGAAAUUUAAGAAACAGAUUUUCAAUCUCAACACAAAAUGGUUUAGGAUUAAUAACAAUUGCACAGCCAUUAGAUUAUAAACAAGAGAAAAGAUUUAUUUUGACUGUAACUGCAACCGAUUCAGGUGGAAAAAUUGACACAGCAACAGUUAACAUCAACAUAACAGAUGCAAAUAAUUUUGCGCCUGUUUUUGAGAAUGCGCCAUAUUCAGCUUCUGUUUUUGAAGAUGCACCGAUUGGUACGACAGUUCUUAUUGUCACUGCAACAGAUGCUGAUGUUGGGAUUAAUGCACAAAUCACGUACAAAAUGACAAACGAUGAUUCAUCAUCUGGAAUGAGUGCAGCGGAAGUUUUUUCUAUCAAUCCACAAACUGGUGCAAUUAUUACGAAAACCACUUUAGAUCGUGAGACGACAAGCGGAUAUUCAUUGACUGUGACAGCGAAAGAUGGUGGAAAUCCAUCACAUAGUGAAACGACAAUUGUUGAGAUUGGUGUGACUGAUGUCAAUGAUAACAAGCCAGUUUUUAAUGUUCCAAUGUAUCACGCAACAAUUCCUGAAGAUGCACUAAUUGGAACGUCAGUCAUUCAAAUAUCAGCAACUGACAAUGACGAAGAAGAAAAUAGGAUAAUUAGAUAUAUGUUGAGUGAUAAAGAUGUCAAAGACGCUUCAUUUACUAUUGAUUCAGCAUCGGGUGUCAUUAGAACAAAUCGAGGAUUGGAUCGUGAAAGUACUGCUGUUUAUCAUCUCAAUGCGAUUGCGAUUGAUAAAGGAACGCCACCAUUAAGCUCCACAGUUCAAGUUCAAGUGAAAUUGGAAGAUGUUAAUGACUCUCCACCAACAUUUCCAUCUGAUCGAAUGACUUUCUACAUCAAAGAAAAUUCUUUGAUUGGAUCUACUGUUGGAAUAAUUAAAGCUGAUGAUCCGGAUGAAGGUGUCAAUGCUGAAGUUCAUUACACGAUUCUAAGUGGACUAGAUGCAGGCUCUUUUCAUUUGGUAACAAAACCUGGUGUUAAUGGAGCAAAAAUUGUCACUAAAAUCGAACUCGAUUAUGAAUCGUCGCAAAAGAAAUUCGAGCUUGUCAUACGGGCGUCUUCUCCACCGUUAAGAAAUGAUGUUCAUGUUGAAAUUCUAGUAACAGACACAAACGAUAAUCAACCAGUUUUAAAGAAUUUUCUUGUUAUUUUCAAUAACUUCCGUGAUCAUUUUCCAAGUGGAGUGAUUGGACGAAUACCAGCGUUUGAUGCUGAUGUUAAUGACAAUUUAACUUAUCGCAUUCUUUCUGGCAACAAUGCAAAUCUCAUAAAAUUAAAUUCAUCAAGUGGUGGUAUCACUUUAAGUCCGCAACUAAACACAAAUGUCCCAAAAUUCGCCACAAUGGAAGUGUCAGUAAGUGAUGGGAUUAAUGAAGUUAAAGCGACAAUGCAACUCUUUGUUCGUCUUGUGACGGAAGAUAUGCUGUUCAACUCAGUCACGAUUCGACUAAAUGAAAUGACAGCUGAAGCUUUUCUUUCACCUUUACUCAACUACUUUCUCGAUGGUCUCGCAGCAGUUAUUCCAUGUCCACGAGAAAACAUUUACUUGUUCUCAAUUCAGGAAGAUACCGACGUCGUUUCUCGUGUACUCAACAUAAGUUUCUCAGCACGACGUCCAGAUGUCGCUCAUGAAGAAUUUUAUUCAACUCAAUUCCUUCAAGAACGAGUUUAUCUUAAUCGUGCGAUUCUUGCACGUCUCGCUAAUGUUGAAGUGUUACCAUUUGACGACAAUAUUUGUGUACGUGAACCAUGCUUGAACUAUGAACAAUGUCAAUCAGUGUUGAAAUUUGGCAAUGCUUCCGGUUUCAUACAUAGUGACACGGUUCUCUUCAGACCAAUUUAUCCCGUCAACACAUUCGCUUGUAAAUGUCCAGAAGGAUUCACAGGAAGUAAAAUACAUUAUUUAUGUGACACUGAAGUUGAUCUUUGUUAUUCAGAUCCGUGUCAGAAUGGCGGCAUUUGUAAACGGAAAGAAAACGGCUACACAUGUUUAUGUAGUGAAAAGUUCACAGGAAUGAAUUGUGAGAAGGAAUUAAAAACGUCGCUGUCAUGUAUCAACGAAAUUUGUGAGAGUGGAUAUUCCUGUUCAAGUGAUAUUUAUAAUCUUCCAUUUACAAACACUUGCGAAUUAAAAGCUCGAUCAUUUUCACACAAUUCUUUUCUCACAUUUGACAGCAUAAAACAACGACAUCGAUUCAACAUCAAGUUGAAAUUUGCAACAAUCAAUGAUAAUGGUUUGUUAUUAUACAAUGGACGAUAUAACGAUCUUCAUGACUUUAUAGCACUCGAACUUAUUGAUGGUCGUGCAACUUUCUCAUUCUCACUUGGUGAUAAGAUUCAGAAAGUGUUUGUAGCUCGAAAACGAAAGUUGUCCGAUGGUGAAUGGCACAGUAUUGAAGUGAUUUACUUUAACCGAACAGCAACACUUGUCGUUGAUGAAUGUGAUGUUGCUUUGGCAUUGAGUGGCAAUCUUGGUGAUAAUUGGAACUGCGCGAAUCAAACGAAACUGGAACUAGCAAAGAAAUGUUCAUCAAUAACUGAAAAUUGUCACCGAUAUUUGGAUCUGACUGGUCCACUUCAAGUUGGUGGACUUCCAAAGAUACCAGCACAUUUUCAAAUUCAAUCACAAGAUUUCGUUGGUUGCAUUUCAGAUCUUGAAAUCGACUACAAGUUGAUCGAUAUGAACUCAUAUGUCGCUGACAAUGGAACAGUUUCUGGUUGUCCUGAGAAACGUUCAUCUUGCAGUACAAACAGUCCUUGUUUCAACGGCGCUUCUUGUCACGAUGGCUGGAACUCCUUCACAUGCAAAUGUCGUGACAAUUACACAGGAAAUGUCUGCCAAGAUGAUAAAACAUCUUCCUGGAGAUUCUCUGGAGAUGGAUUUGUUACCUUUAAUCCAUUACUGAAAACAAUUCAAUUACCAUGGUUAAAUGCACUUUCAAUCAGAACACGACAACGUGACACAUUCCUGAUGCAAAUUCAAAUUGGACAAAAUAGUUCAGCAAUUGUGAGUCUUGUAAACGGCAUUCUUCAUUAUUCUUUCGAUUCGGAAGUCUUGUAUUUACCUGGAAGCUUUCUAAGUGAUGGUGAAUGGCAUCGAAUUGAAAUCAAAUGGCUUGGAACUGAUAUUUCACUUUCACUUGAUUAUGGCCAACGUGAAACGAUGCUUACCACAUCACAAAAGAUUCAAGGUUUAUAUGUAGGAAAAACUGUUAUUGGUAGUCCCGACAAAUCGAUUGGAAACAUCGCACAAUAUGAAUAUCUUGAUGGAUGUAUUCAAGACAUAAGAAUAGGAACACAACAGUCGAUAAUGGAUCGUCCAAUGAUGAAAGAAAAUGUUCAGCCUGGAUGUCCAUCACACUCAGAAUGCCCCAAAACAUGUCCAAUUCAUUCACGAUGUGAAAUGUCAUGGGAUGAAGCGCAUUGCGAAUGUCUUCCUGGUUAUGUUGGUCGAGAUUGCGUACCAAUAUGCACUAUCGGUCCUUGUGCUGAUGCUGGUGUUUGUCGUGUUGAUAACGAGUUGAAACGCGGCUAUCAUUGUGAAUGUAACAGCACAUUGUAUUCGGGAGAAUAUUGUGAGAUUGCCGUUCACCAGCCAUGUCCAGGUGGGUGGUGGGGUGAAAAGAGUUGUGGACCAUGCAAAUGUAAUGUCAAACAAGGAUAUCAUGCCGAUUGUAACAAACAAACUGGUAAAUGUCGUUGUCGUGAGAAUCAUUAUCAACCAGUCAAUGAAACGGCUUGUCUACCAUGCGAUUGUUAUACUGUCGGCUCGUUUAGUGGCGCAUGCAAUAAAUUGACGGGACAAUGUGAAUGUCGUGAUGGUGUCAUUGGACGUCGUUGUGAUUCAUGUUCAAAUCCUUAUGCUGAAGUGACAUUAGAUGGAUGUGAAGUUGUUUAUGAUGCAUGUCCGAAAACAUUUGCAGCUGGUGUUUGGUGGACAAGAACAAGUUUUGGACAAGCCGCUGUUGAAAAUUGUCCAUUACCAGCACGUGGAAAGGGAAUUCGAACAUGUGACGAUUCAUCAGGUGGUUGGGGAGUUCCAAAUAUGUUUAAUUGCACAUCAGAACCAUUUUUGGAAUUACGGAAACAAUUGUCGUUAAUGGAACAAGGAGAAUUGCAACUAAACACUUUCGUGUCGGUAAAAAUGGCUUCAGAUCUUCAAUUUGCAACAAACGCUGUUGGGAACAGUAAAAAUGGAAGAAUUAAAGAAGACGAGUACUCGGAAUAUUCACUUGAAUCUUCAUUUCUAUCACGCAGUGCUUUUUGGAAUGAAGACGUCGAACUUGAGUAUUUGAUUGAAGGGAAGAAUGUGAAUGCUGAUCGCUUAUAUGGCGCUGAUCUUCUCAUUACUGAAGGCAUUCUUCAUGAGCUUAUCGGCUACGAAAUUAUGCAAAGCGGCUUAAAUCUCAGUCAUAGUCAAGACAAAGAUUACAUUAGAAACUUGGUAGAGUCCGCAAGCAUCAUCUUAGAUGAAAAAUAUAUUCCCGAAUGGAAGCGACUACGUGAGUUGACCACACGCGGUCCAAAUGACUUAGUUGAUGCAUUCAAUAAAUAUUUAGUUGUUCUUGCGCGAUCACAGCAUGACACAUAUACGAAUCCGUUUGAAAUAACUCACAGAAAUAUGGCAUUGGGAUUGGACAUUGUAACAGUUGAAUCGUUAUUUGGUUAUGAACCUUCACAAUUACAUCACAAUAAAGCGCGUAACGGUAAAGCCAAUCAAUUUACAACAGAAAGUGUCAUCAUCCCUGACACUUCAGCUUUCCUUCAACAUUCAUCAAAGCAACGAAUUCCAACGAUUUCAUUUCCAAAAUAUAAUAACUUCAUUCAAGAUAAAAGCAAAUUCGAUCGACAUUCGAAAGUUUUGAUUCCUUUGGAUAUGCUCGGAAUUAUGCCACCAGAGAAAGAUGAAAUCUCACUCACGAUUAAGAAUUAUCGAGCGAUUGUUGGCUACACGCAAUAUAAAGAUAUUGGAAAACUUUUCCCCUUAACAUUUGACGAUACUGUCACAAGACGAUGGGGCGUCGAUGUUGAAAUUGCCACGACUGUGUUGUCUUUAACAAUUCUCGUGCCGAGUUACGGAAAUUCUUUUGAUAAUGUUGUUAACAAACAAAUGGAGAGAAUGACAACAGAUCAACAUUUAGAGAAUCGAAUCGAUAACGAGCCACCUUCAUUGAUGAUGAAUCCUGAUGAUAUAAAAAUCACUGUGCACGACAUGACAGAACAUGAUGACUUCGAUAAAGCAACGACAAAUGAUAUUUUCAAUCCGGAAGUUUCAUCAGCGGAAGAAAUUUUAUCAAAGGCAGAUGAAUCGAAUGAAGUGUUGGCUGAAGCUUUAAAGAAACAUGUGAAACGUGAAUUAGUGACAAGACAAGAAGAAGAAGAAGCAGAAGGCGAAGAAGAAAUGGGAGGUGAGAAGGUGACUUAUCGCUCUCUUGGCUCGCCCCAUCUCUCACAACCAAUUCGAGUGCAAAUGUGGUUGAAUAUUGAGAAGUCACGAUUCGGUCCUCGACUUAAUCCACAAUGUGUUCGAUGGCACACGUUUAACAAUCAAUGGACAAGAAUUGGUUGUCACACAGAAAUGCCAGAUUAUGAGAAAGUUGUUGAGGACUCAAGUAGCUUAAUUCUUAUUAACUGCACCUGUACUCAUGUCUCGAGUUUUGCUGUCGUCAUUGAUGUCAUCGAUCCCGAAGACAUUCCCGAUCCAUCACUUCUAGUUCAAAUCACUUCAAUGUCAGCGUUUCUCGUGUCACUUCCAAUCUUAUUCUGUGUGAUUAUUGCAUUGGCUUUAUUGAGAGGAAUGCAAACAAACAGCAACACAAUUCAUCAGAAUCUCGUCUUUUGCAUUUUCAUCGCUGAACUUUUAUUCUUUACUGCUUGGCAUGCUCGAAGAAGUUUAAUUGAAAAUGACUUUCCAUGUAAAUUGAUUGCGAUUGGUUUGCAUUAUUCGUGGUUGGCAGCAUUUGCGUGGACGACUGUCGAUUGCAUUCAUCUUUAUCGAAUGUUAACAGAAAUGCGUGACAUCAAUCACGGACCAAUGGGAUUUUAUUUUACAGUCGGUUAUGGUGCACCAGCGAUUCUUGUUGGACUCUCCGUUGGUGUUCGAGUUCAUGAAUAUGGCAACAAUAUGUUCUGCUGGUUGUCAGUUUAUGAAAGUGUCGUAUGGUGGCUUGUUGGACCGAUUGCAGCAAUGUCAGCUGUUAAUGUCAUGGUUCUCUUUAUCUCAGUUAAAGCCGCAUUCACACUUAAAGAUCAUGUUCUUGGUUUUGGAAAUCUGAGAACUUUAUUGUGGUUGUCAGUAGUGUCACUUCCAUUAAUGGGCGUUAUGUGGGUUCUCUCGAUAUUAGCAGCGUCUGAGAGUUCUGAAAUCUUCAGUCUUGCGUUAUCCGGUUGCGUUUUGGUUCAUGCUUUCUUCUCAAUCAUCGGAUAUUGCAUCAUUAACAAGCGAGUGAGAGAAAAUCUCAACAAUACAUUCCUUCGAUGUUUGGGUCGAAAAGUUCCACUUCUUGAUUCUUCGGUCGUUGUCAGCACCAGCACUUCGGGCAACCGAACGCCAGGGUUCAAUGGAAACUACGACACAGCAAGAAGAAAUAUUGGAAUAAGUGUGUCAAGUACAACAUCGAGAAGCACUGCAAAGACAAGUUCCAGCCCUUAUAGAAGUGACGGUCAACUUCGUCACACAUCAACAUCAACAUCAAACUACAAUAGUGAUGUUCCGUCAUUUAUGAAGAAUUAUGAAGGAAAGAAGAAACGUCGACAUCGAAAAGAUUCUGAUUCAGGAUCUGAGACUGAUGGAAGAAGUUUAGAGCUUGCUUCGAGUCAUUCGAGUGAUGAUGAAGAGUCGAGAAUUGGCAAAAGUAGUACAACUACAAACAAUUCUCAUCAUCGAAAUGCUGGUGUCAGUGUUGCUCCGUCUUAUCUUCCAAACAUCACUGAACAUGUUGCACCACCAGAACUUCAUGUUGUACAAAGCCCACAACUCUUUCCAAACUCCAAACCACCUUAUGGUGGUCGUUGGUCAAGUCAAGCACCAGAUUCUUUUCUGCCAACACCAAAUGUUGGGCGAUGGUCACAAGAAACUGGAAGUGACAAUGAAAUUCCUCACAAAACAAGUUCACCAAAUCCACUGCCAAAUCCUGAUAUCACCGAUACUUCUUAUGUGAAUCAACAUCAGAAUAAGUUAAACAUGCAACCACCUUCAAUACUUGAAAACAUUCAAGAAAAUUAUGGCGAUAUGGAACUUUAUCGAAAAGAUUACCAUGAUAACUAUCAAAGCGAUUACCAAACACAACUUCCUUUCCUCACGAAUGUCAUUGGAGAAAAUGAAUUUCCAAUGAGUUACACAAUUAAUCAUAUGCGAUCACAUCAUCCUGAAAAUUCUUAUCCAAAUCUUUAUGAGAAAAGUCGAACAUUAGGAUAUCUUGGAUCAAAAACUGGAUCGCCAUAUAUGAGUAAAGAAAGAAUUGACUCAUACAGUCCAAGUUUCUCAACAUUUAAAAAUGGAAACACAAAUCUUCAUGGAACAAAUGGACACAGUGUUCAAUCUUUAUUAAGAAAUGAUUUCCAGUCAAGACACACUGAUUACCAUUCAGAUAGAAACUCCGAAGGUUCGGACAAGAACGGUCCUUACAACUUCCCAUACACUGCAGAAGAAGAUCACUCGGCAAUGCGUCAGCAUAUGCAAAGUCAAUUCGCUAACGACAUCAACAACCCUAGUCCAGUAUUAAUGAGUCGAAUGUCAUCACGACAUGGAUCGAGGACAAGUUCACCACCACAUUCGUCUCAUAUAGCACCUUUGACAAGCAUAACAGAUUCAAGCGAGUAAAUGGCUUAUGAGCUGGCAGAAGAAGAAUAAACGGCACAAUGUCUAAUUUCUGUAAUUUCUUCUUAUUCUCUUUUACUUUCGUUUGUGCAAUUAUUGAAUUCACUUUGAAUUUCACUCACUAUAAUCUGUUCGCAUUGAAAUAAACAGAUCAGAGAUGGAGGAAGAAUACAGAUGCUGAAACAAGAGUUUGAAGAUCGUCACAUUUAUUCACAUGGAUAAUUUUUUGGAACAAGACCAUUAUGAGACCAGAAACAAGUCUUUGGUAACAAGAAAUGACUGAUUUUAAAGUAAAUUAGCAAUAGUUUUAGUGACUAAAGUCUCUACAUGGCCAUCACUGCGUUAUGUCGAAGAAUGAAUUAAGAUCUUUAAGACAAGAAUACUUUUUUUGUACAAAAUAAACUUUAAUGAAGAAAUGACUAGAAAAUUAUAGGAAAUAAUCGAAACAUGAACAUGAAAAUGCAUUUAUUUUCUUUUUUUUACUUUUAAGAAUUAAGAAAUGAUCUCAUAAUACUUAAGGUAAAUAAAUAUUAAUUUGCCUAUAAAUAUAAAAUAAGAAAACACACAAACUUAAUGAAAAACAAUUUCUUUCUUGAAGAAGAUAAAAGAACAGAUCCGUGUGCCUAAAAAAAAGAAAGAAAAAUUUACAAACGUGAAGGACAAAAGUUCUUAAAAAAUAAAAAUUUUCGAGCUUCUUAGAAGAAUUUUUUUCUCCCCUUUGUUGUUCUUAAAUUGAUCUGAAUGCAUUUUAAUAAUUUUAGUGAUGUUUAAAGCUCGUUUUUAAGAGCUUUUUUAAAGAUACUUAAUAAUUUUGUUCAUGUUUAAAUGAAAAAGCUUCUUUUCUCGUACUUAACUUAAUUUCAAUAGGAAAACUUUAAAUAAAAAUUCAUUUAAAUAUGUUUAUUAACAGCAUUAAGA